AUGAAAACUGUCGCAUUGAAAGCAGUUGUGAGACACAAUGGAACAUUUCAGUGUGUAGUCAACAACACGUGUGGGCAAAACCAUAACAGUGUGAAUGUGAAAGUAAAAGUUCCAUGUUUACUUGAAUCAAGGGCAGUGUGUUUGGAUACUGUCUCUUGCCCUUCAUCUGUUGUUAAUCCAGCACAACAGCAGACUGUUAGUUUGUAUGGUGUUGCACGCUGCUUUCCUCACUCACCCACAUUGUUGUUGCGCAAUUCAUCAGGAGAUCAACUUGCAGCAUUAAAAGCUGCAACUAUACAACCUCCACGACAUGCUUACAAUGUGCAGGUAAAUGUGCAUGUAACAGAAAAUGGAAAUUAUACUUUUGAAAUUGAUGGACAGAACAAAGAAAAUGUUGAGCAAAUUCAACAUCCAUUUAUUUUGUCUCCAACAUCUGUCAGUAUGUCUCAGCCAAUUUAUCUUACAGCUAGUCACAAAUCUCGACUACUGACAUGCAUGGCUUGUUCAUAUCCUUGUGUUCCACGUAUACAAUGGAGUAGACAACAAAUGUUAGAAACAACAGCUAGUGACGGUAUGAAUUCAAAUAACGCAAACUGUGUUACGUCUGUCCUGACUGUGUCGUCACCUGGUGAUUAUAAAUGUUAUCUGUGUGGAUACUCAGAUGAAAGAAUGUUUAUUGUAAAUGCCGAACCGAUGUUUGUAAAUGAUGUUGCUGCUGAUCAGUUGAACCGAAAUGUGAAUGAAUUUGGUAAUUUGGAGUUGGACUGUAAUCACACUUGUCGACCUAGUCCAAGCAUCACGUGGAGACUAAACGGAGCUAUUCUGCCUAACUUUAAUGGAUCAUCGACGAUAAGUCUUUCAAAUGUUGCCAUUCAAGAUGGUAGUCAUUAUGACUGUACUGUUGUCAACGAAUUAGCUGCAAAUACGAGACUGCUCCUACUAUCACUAGCUCUUCGAGUCCUUCAGUCAAUAUUGCCUUUAAUACGAGUGUGGGUCUAUUUUGUAGUGCAAGACAAUAUCCUGAGAAGCCACGUGUAGAAUGGACAAAUUCAUCUGGAUUAGCUGUUGCAAGUUCUGACGACUUUACUGUUAGUAGUGACGGGCUAAUGUACUUCACUCAACAGUUAGUGUGAAUCGUGUUGGACGUUACAUCUGUUCGAUUCCUAAUACACAGGAAAACAAGCAAAUAGAAGUGAUUGCUCGUGUCUCUAUGUUAUCUACUACACAAGAUGCUAAUCUUUGUAGAGAUGGUACAAAGCUACUUGUUUGUGUUGCAAGAGCUUACCCGAAUUAUCCAAGCAUAACAUGGAUGGCAGGAAAUAGCUCAUCUAUUUCACAAAGACAUGCUGAUGUUAGUAAUGAUCUUUUGGAUGGAAGUUAUUCUCGGCAAUCAUCAAUCACAGUAAGAACAACAGGAAAUUUUACUUGUCGUGCGGAAGCUUCAGGUGAACGUCAAGAAAACAUCAUCUCUGUUGCUGUUGUCCGCGUUACAAGUGCACCAGUAGUUACCACAAGAAUCGUGUCCAUCGGAUUAAAUUCCAACGAGCCUAAUGUAUAUCGUACAACAGAAGUGUUUCAAACUAUAUGCCAAUAUUGUCCUACAUUCCAUCCUCGUGCUAGUGAUUCAAGUAGCAGCAAUCUCUCAGCUGGUACUGUUACUGGAAUUAUCAUUGCUGUGUGCUUGUGCUCAAUUGUAGCAACUGCUGUACUUACCUACUCGAUUACCGCAAGAAAAUAAAAGAUGGAGAAACCGCCUCCAUCUAAUGAUUAUGAAGUCAUCAUGAGAGCAGCAAGUUUUGUUCCGGCUGUUGCAUCUACACCAAUCGUUUCCACCUAUGAAGUUCCGGAUGAACGUCCAGGGUCUGUUCAUGGGUCUGAUCACCAGCAAGAGACGCUUACUGCCAAUCGUCUUUACUCUACAAUGGAGAGUGAGAAUACGGAACAACUUCACCGCAAUCCAGCAUAUGAAUCUAUUUUGUGACAUCAUGCAGUUUCUGCAUUUGAUAUUUAGAGUUUCUUGUGAGUGAGUCGCUUUUUGUAAUAUCGCUUACGUAAUUUUUUGUCUUGGAUGACGAAAACGUUUUUAAGCAAGCAUGUAUAUGUAUAAGGUUUUGUAAACUUGUGACAGUGCAUGUGCGUUUUUACUUGUCAAUGGGUCAGCUGUUCUAUGCAUUCUUAAUA